AUGAUAGAGCACAUGAUAGUGCUGGCACAGUUUCUGAGCACCCUGCCAGAGGAGAUUCAGACAUGGGGCAGGUCAAAACAGCCCAAGAACAGCAAGGAGGCAGGAACCAUGGUGGCAAACUUUAUUCAGGCAUGUGAGAAGCAAGGUUUCCUUGCUCAGGACUCUGUCCCUGCAGAAAAGAGGAACACAGAGAUGUUAGGCAAACCACCAUCUGCUGGGUCCCAGGAGUUGGUGACCUUCAAGGAUGUGGUUGUGCACUUCAGCCUGGAGGAAUUAAGCUCCCUUAGUGCUGCUCAGAGAAACCUCUACCGGGAGGUGACCCUGGAGAAUUACCGGAACCUGGUCUCCCUGGGGUACCACUUCUCUAAACCUGACAUUAUCUCACGCCUGGAAAAGGAGGAAUCACGUGCAGUGGAGACAGACAGCAAUGCAGUGAUUUGUCAAGGAGAGUCUCAUGACGACCCAUUGAAACCACACCAGGGCAACCAAGAGAAACUUUUGAGUCCUAUAACAAUGAAUGCCCCCAAGACUCUCACUCAGGAAAGAAGCUAUGGCAAUGAUGAAUUUGAGAGACACUCUAAUCUUACUGAACAAUCAGAGGAUCCUCUAGGAAAGGAUCCCCAGGAAGGCACUACUCCUGGAAUAUGUACCAGUCCCCAGUCAGUGUCCCAAGAGAACAAACACAACAGAUGUGAAUUUUGCAAACGAACCUUCAGUACUCGAGUAGCCCUCAGGAGACACAGGAGGAUCCAUACUGGGGAGAAACCCUUUGAAUGUAAACAGUGUGGUGAAGCCUUCUAUCUCAUGCCACACCUCAAGAGACAUCAGAAGACUCAUUCUGGUAGGAAGACAUCUGGCUGCAAAAAAGGUAGAAAGUCUUCCAUCCAGUGCACGAAGCUCUGUGAACGUGUAGGAAUUCGUAGUCAGGAGGACUACUGUGAAUGUUUUCAGUGCGGCAGAGCUUUUACCCAGAACGUGCAUCUUUUUCAACAUCUCAAAGCCCAUGAGACAGCAAGAGUCCUUCCUCCCUGGUUGUCCCGCAGCAAGACAUACUUCAUUCGUUAUCAGCGGAAACACGACUAUGUUGGAGAGAGAGCCUGCCAGUGUUGUGAUUGUGGCAAAACCUUCAGUCAGAGUUCACAUCUCAUUCAGCAUUAUAGAACUCAUGCUCACGAGAAGCCUUACCAGUGUCAGCUGUGUGGGAAAUGUUUCAGCCGACCCUCAUACCUCACUCAGCAUUAUCAACUCCAUUCUCAAAAGAAAUGUUGAGUGCAAUCACUGUUGAGAAACCUUCAGUCACAGCACGCAAUUUUCUCAACAGUUUCAGCUUCAUCCUAGAAAGAGUGUUCUGAAUGUGAGAAGGCCUUCCACUAGCCCCCACACCUUGUUAACGGCUUGAAAAUUCAUCAAAGUGUGGU